UGUGAUGACGAAUUCAGUUCGUUUUCGUUGUUUAUGUGCUUGGGGAAAAGUUUUAAAGUGAAUAGAAUAACAAGAAUUUGUACUGUAUUUUUAGUUGUUUGCACAAUUUCAAUUUCUUAAUUCAUUCGUUAACUUUCCAUGAUGCGCCCUGUUGUCGAAUGCAAUUAAAAACCUUAUUCUGUUGACCGUAGUGAGCAAAAUAGCUGCGUUGAGUGGAGGAUCGAUGUUUGCUUAGUCUAUUACGUCAUGGUAUGAGGGAACCGAAUAGUUUGGAGGAAGUUGCGCCUGUAAGGCUUAACACUUCCGAGUUACGAAUAAUGGCACUACGACAACAGCAGCAAAUCGACACCCAACAGCAACUGCUAGCAGCUCGAGAGCAGCGUCUACGCUUCUUAAAAGCGCAAGAAGCAUGUGAAACGGUUGCCGCAGCAGAAGGAGAGCGCUUACGCAGGCUUCGAGAACGUGUAGAAGCACAAGAAUCAAAGCUGCGCAGACUGCGAGCAUUACGGGGGCAAGUGGAUUUGCAGAAAACGUACAAUGUUACCCUCGGUAACGAUUUGGAUUCAAUAAGGGCACUAUUCAGUGAAAAGGAGAAAGAACUGACGCUAGCUGUGGCCAAAGUCGAAGCUUUAACCAGACAACUUGAAGAUCUUAGACGCGAUAGAAGGGGCACACUUAACUUGUUUACUGGUCUACCGAGUCAUGCACAGUUGAACAAUUCGCCAGCGGCCAUAGAAUUAGAAAAGCUGAGAAGAGAGCUUAUGUAUCGAAACCAACUGUCUUUACAACAAGAUGCACGGCUUCAUUUGCAACGGGAAGCUCUCCAGAAACGCCAGGCCGAGCUUCAAUCAGUUGAUCAACGGAUUUUGGAAUUGCAGGGUCGACUUAACAAAAAGAGGGCAUCUAACAUGACCCAGCAUCAACAAGGCUCACCAACGCAAAUGACACUUGCUAAUAACGUUUCUGCAAACCAUGUCCGGUCGGUGUCAUCAAGCUUUUAUCCCCAGCAAAGGGUCCCAAGGAGCAAUAUCGUUGCCGUUGAACCUUUCAAUCAUAUUCCACAGAAAACUGUGGCUUUGGGUAAUAAUGGCAAUAAGAUGAACAUCUUGAACAACAAUUCGGUUGCAACUAAUCAAAUAAUGCAGGAUAUGGCGAAUAGUCAUAAAAUUCAGCAUGGCCGUCAGUUAUCUGCAGAAGUGUCCAGCAAUUCUAAUUUAACUGAUCAUAAUAUGGCUGCCGAAAGCGACGAGAAUAAACUGGCAAGACAGAAGAAACAGGAGUAUGUACUUAAAAAUGGGAUAGAGUACGACAAUGAUGCCUCAUUCUCAAAUUUGCAAGUUUCUCAGUCUUCUGGUGAACAAAUUAAUAACAAUAAAACAACAUAUAUGGAACGUGAAGUUCAAAACGACGAGCUUAUUUUAAACAACAGGUACGGUUAUAAUCAAGAUCAUAAUGUAGACAAUAGUAGAAACAUUUGUUCGAAUAACAGCGACACGAUGGAGAACUUGCAAUCCUUCAACACCAACGAUUGCGAUAGCGAUAAAGUGUCAGAUAUGAAUGGAUUAUCAUCUCGAGCCCAAGUUACAGCAACGGUCCAUAGUACACCGUUGAGUUUUUUGAACAAAUCUGUCGCUGUUCCAGUAACAUUGUCUUCUAAUUCAUCCAUAUCAAAUGAUGAGCAGAAUCAACAACUUAUCAAAUCAAAAACAAUGCAAGGAAACAGUAAAGGAUAUGCUUAUGGCCUGUUGCAUAACAUUCCAUCGGGAAAUCUGGUGGUGCCACCUCGGAAACCUAAUAGCGGUUUAUCGCCGAUGCUGGCUGGUAAGCAUAUAUCCUCCGAUAUCAAAAUAAAUAUGGUGACACCUCAAAUACAAAACCAACACAUAUCUCAAACGGCGGAUAGUGGUGAAAAGCUAAAACCUGCUCUACCACCGAAACCAAACAAAAAUAAUACUCAUGCACUCGAAAUGGAUAUCGGGGUAAAGUCCAAUACAGACAACAUUAGCAAUAAUAAUGAGCAAAUGUCCUUGGUCACCAACAUUCCAUCCAAAUCAAACAACAUAAAUCCCUCAGACAAUCUACCCAUUAAGGCCAAACCAUUGACAAUUAAAAAAUCACCCCAUUCGGAGCAACCCAGGUUGAAGCACAUCACCAGUAACUUGAACUCGUAUAAAGUCCAGCAAACAGGAACGCAUCGCAUGAUGGAAAUGCAGUCUUCCACCUCAUACAUGCUACCAGAUGUCGGUAAAUCCACGGAAGAGCCCGAACCGCAGCUGAUAACAGACGCGGAGAAAAGUUCCCAGCAGUUACAGGAGUACAACAAUCAAACCCAACGCAGUACUGCCAUUAAGCGUUCGAAUGUUGAUAAUCCGGCCGAUGCUAAUAGCGGGGCAGGCUUAGAAGACUCUCAAUCAGCGGAUAAAAAGCUAGAGGAAAUUUCACGACGAAAACGCAGUUUUAUAUCAUCUGUCAUCAACGACGGAAAAAUAAAACUUGCCCGUCGCGUUAGUUUUGAUCCAUUGGCUUUGCUAUUAGAUGCUAGUUUGGAAGGUGAACUGGAGCUUGUGCAGAAGACUGCACUACAGGUUCCCAAUCCAAGUGCCGCAAACGACGAAGGUAUUACUGCACUACACAAUGCCAUUUGUGCUGGUCACGUGGAAAUUGUAAAAUUUCUAGUAAACUUCGGUUGUGACGUCAAUGCACAGGAUUCCGAUGGGUGGACCCCAUUACACUGUGCUGCCAGUUGCAAUAAUCUCUCGAUGGUAAAGUUCUUGGUUGAAUCAGGGGCUUGUUUGUUUGCAGCGACCUUAUCGGAUCACGAAACUCCCGCAGAAAAAUGCGAAGAGGACGAGGAAGGAUUCGACGGGUGUUCAGAAUAUUUAUAUAGCAUUCAAGAGAAGCUUGGGAUAUUGAAUAGCGGUGAAGUCUAUGCAGUAUUUUCAUACGAUGCCCAGCAACCAGAUGAAUUGAGUUUUUCGGUAAACGAUAAGCUGACCGUUAUACGUAAAGGAGAUGAAUCAGAGCGAGAGUGGUGGUGGGCAAAGGAUUGCAUUGGAAGCGAAGGAUACAUUCCCAGGAAUUUACUAGGGUUUUAUCCACGCGUUACACCAUGUAGCGAUAAUCACGUUGAAUAGCAAGAGCUCGAAUACAAAUAUCAACAUAGAUCGGUGUGAAAAUAUGUAUUUUAAAGAUUCAUAAAACAAGUUAUUGAAAGAUACACUUUAUAUGAAGAAAUAAAUAUUUUGUAGCUCA